AUGAACGGGGACAGCUACUCGUCUCGAGGUGACCCUAGGAGGGAACGGCGCGACUAUCCUCCUCGUGGAGGUGAUCGUGACGAACGUCGUGAGCGACCGCGAGACCGCGAACGGAGGCGCUCCAGGUCGCCUGGCCACCGCGGCAGCCACCGACGUGAAGGAGAUGCGGAUGCGUACUCGUCGAGUCGAACCCACAGGGACAGGGAACGCGAGGACCGAUACUCCUCUGGACGCGACCGUCGGGCAGAGAGGGAGUGGGACCGUGACCGCGGCUCAUCCCGCCGGGACGCCCGACGCGACGACGAGGACCGCUACGGCCGACGAGACAGGGACGCCUUUGACGACCGGCGUCGCGGGGGCGGCCGGGAUCGCCGUGACGAUCUCUAUGGCGGCGGGAGGAACCAGGAAAGCCGCCGCACAGCCUCGCCACCGCCCAAGAAGCGUGAGCCCACGCCAGACCUGACGGACGUGGUGCCCAUCCUGGAGCGCAAACGCCGCAUGACGCAGUGGGAUAUCAAGCCUCCGGGCUAUGAUUACGUGACAGCCGAGCAAGCUAAGCUGUCGGGCAUGUUCCCCUUGCCCGGUGCGCCCCGCCAGCAACCCGUCGACCCUUCCAGGCUGCAGGUCUACAACAAGCCCGAGGGCCAGGCCUCGAGCUCCGGCCUCGUCGCCAGCAAUUCGCGCCAAGCCAAGCGCCUUAUCAUCUCCAACUUCCCCGCUGAAACUUCCGAGGAGUCGCUCGCCGGAUUCUUCAACCUCCAGCUCAACGGACUCAACGUCAUCGAGAGCCCGGACCCCGUCUCCCUCUGCCAGAUCUCCAAGGACGCCUCGUUUGCCGUACUCGAGUUCAAGACGGCCGGCGAUGCCACCGUCGCUUUCGCCCUCGAUGGCAUCUCCAUGGAGGAGUCAGACGACGCCGCUGCAGCCAACGGCGACGCCGCCUCGCGCGGCCUCCAGAUCCGCCGCCCCAAAGACUACGUCAUGCCUGCCCUCCCCAGCCAGACCCACCACGACCCAGAUGUGGUCUCCAACGUUGUCCCCGACACUGUCCACAAGCUGAGCAUUACAAACAUUCCUACCUUCCUCACGGAAGAGCAGGUCACGGAGCUGCUGGCUGCCUUUGGCAGACCCAAGGCCUUUGUGCUCGUCAAGGAUAAGAGCACUGAGGAGUCGAGGGGCAUCGCAUUUGCCGAAUACCUCGACCCUACUACCGCCAAUCCGCCUGCACUCGAGACGCUCAACGGCAUGGAUGUCGGUGGCAAGAAGCUCAAGGUUACUAAGGCGAGCAUCGGCCCCACGCAGGUGGCCAACUUUGAUGUCGGAAUCGCAGCAAUCAGCACACUCGCAGCCCAGACAAGCAACGAGGUUGAGCAGACCCGCGUUGUCCAGCUCCUCAACAUGGUGACGGCGGAGGAACUGAUGGACUCUGAUGAGUACGAAGAAAUCUGCGAUGAUGUCCGUGAAGAGUGCACCAAAUUCGGAACCAUUUCCGAACUUAAGGUGCCGCGGCCCUCGGGCGGCAGCAGGCAGUCAGCCGGUGUCGGUAAGAUCUUUGUCAAGUUUGAAACACAGGAUUCGGCGACGAAUGCCCUCAAGGCUCUGGCUGGCCGCAAGUUUGCCGACAGGACAGUGGUGGCGACCUACUUCCCAGAGGAAAACUUUGAUGUCGGCGCGUGGUAG